CUCCCCAAAUAGCCCUCCUGAUCUCUUUCUCAUUCAUGGCAAAAAAGUGGGAAAUGAUGGUGUCCCUUGGGGUCCUUCCAGAAGAGAUGCCGAGAAAGAAUCAGGGGGAUGAGAGGUUGAGCCUGGUCUGGUGGGGACAGGAAAGGUGGCAGCCAGGCCCCAGGCAGACGGCAGGCAGUCAUGGCACCGUGUACCCUGGUCCCCAGGAAGCGGGUAUCGCAAUUCGUGGGGAGUCCACCAGUGUGAUAGCAUCUGCACUCUUAUCUUGCUCCGCAGUGUUUCUUUCCUCCCCAAAAGCAAAUGAAGUGCUGGUAAGAUGGAAGCGUGCUGGCUCCUAUCUUUUGGAAGAGCUCUUUGAGGGGAACUUGGAAAGAGAAUGUUAUGAAGAAAUCUGUAUCUAUGAGGAAGCAAGAGAAGUAUUUGAAGAAGACAAGAGAACUGAUGACUUUUGGGAAAAGUAUAUGGGUGGCUCCCCAUGCCUCUCCCAGCCCUGCCUCAACAACGGGUCCUGCGAGAACCACAUCCGCAGCUACACCUGCACUUGCUCAGUGGGCUACGAGGGCAGGGACUGCGCCUUUGCUAAAAAUGAAUGUCACCCAUUGAGAACUGAUGGGUGUCAACACUUUUGCCACCCGGGACAGGACUCCUACAUGUGCAGCUGUGCAAAGGGGUAUAAACUGGGCCAAGACCACAAAUCGUGCAUCCCACACGACAAGUGUGCGUGUGGAGUCCUGAAUUUUGAAUGCAUCACGGCAACACAGACGAGAAGGCAGAAUCUUCAAACGUUCCCGUGGCAGGUAAAACUAACAGAUUCCAAAGGAAAAGACUUCUGUGGUGGUGUUAUAAUACAGGAAAACUUUGUGCUGACAACAGCAAAAUGUUCACUGUUACACAGGAAUAUCAGUGUGAAAACAAAUUUUCAUAGAACAAGCAAUGACCCACUGACGAUCAAGGUGAAGAGCAUCCAUGUGCACAUGAGGUAUGAAGAAGAGACAGGGGACAAUGACAUUUCGCUGCUGGAGCUGGAGCUGCCCAUCCAGUGCCCAGACAUGGGGCUCUCCAUCUGUAUGCCUGAGAGAGACUUUGCAGAGAGCAUCCUCAUGCAGGGGACACUGGGCCUUCUCACUGGCUGGACACUCAAUGGCUCCGAGCUAAACAACACACCGGAGCAGCUGUUCGUCAUGCACAUGGACAGUGAGGAGUGUGGCACAGCCCUUAAUGUGACCGUCACGACGAGGACAUACUGCGAGAGGGGAGUAGCAGCUACAGGGGUGCAGUGGGCGGAAGGCAGCGUGGUAGCCAGAAAACACAAAGGCACCUGGUUCCUGACAGGGAUUCUGUGCUCAGUGCCCACAGCAGAGGGCAGACAGGAGUUUCUUCUCACCAAGGUUUCAAGAUACUCAUUCUGGUUUAGACAAAUCAUGAAGUGACUAAACCCAGCUAGUCAGAAAUAAAAAGGUGUGGUAAGAUUGCACAUUUUAAUGCAAGCAUGGAGUUAAAUUGAAAUUUCACAGCAAAACAUUUGUGACUGCCUCAAAGCCACCCACUCAAUCUACAAAACACCAGUUAUUUCUUAUGACAGUGAUUUUCAACCGGUGCGCCGCAAGGAUUUUUAAAACAUGCCAUACCUGACCAUUUGGUCAGGGGCAAAGAUUUCUUUUCCCUUAGAUUGUCAAAUAAAAAAAUGUCAACAGCCAAUACAAUAGCCGUCCAGUGUGAAUGAAUC